UGAAGUCUGCACUGCCAUUUACAACUACUCGUGAUCUGCGUUGAAUUUAUACAGCUGAGUUAUGGAUAUAAGUUUGUAUUUAUUAUUUAAGACGAUUUUAAUUGGGAUUGUAGUGUUAAUUGUGUAUGCGGUUGUCAAAUUUUACCUUCACGUACGGAGGGUGGAGGCGAGGUUUAAAGGAAUCAGGACUCCCCCAUUCCACUGGCUACUUGGAUCGUUCAGUCAGUUCCCGAAAGACCCCACAGGACGGAUUCUACAUUUUAUCAAGAUUUGUAACGAGUACGAGGAAGAUGGAAUUGUCUUCCUCUGGGGAUUUUUUCGGAGGCCCAUCGUCAUCGCCUGCACGCCGGAAUCUAUGGCAAGGAUCUCAAAAAGUAACGCUCCUAAAUCGCGAGGCCUCAUGGGUGUGUACCGGAUGAUCGAGCCGUGGUUAGGGGAAGGACUCUUGGUCGCCAACGGCCAAAAGUGGGCCCGCAACCGCCGCCUACUCACUCCUGCUUUCCACUUCGACAUCCUUAAGCCUUAUACCAACGUCUUUAAUGCCUCAGCGGAUGUUCUUGUGGCGAAAUUGAAGUCAAAGGCAGCCUCAAACGAUCGGUUUGAUGUGUUCCAAAACGUGUUACUAUGUACCCUUGAAAUAAUCCUUAAGUGCGCAUUCUCCUACGAAAAAGAUAUACAGCAAUCUGGGGACACGAAUCCGUAUGUGAAAGCUGUCAAUAGGAUUACAGAUUCCCUCUUUCACAGAUUUCUGUACCCAUACAUGCUGUUCGACUUUAUCUUCUAUAACACGUCAGUUGGACGACAGUUUAAGAAGGACUGCAACUUUGUUCACAGCGUGGCCGAGGAAAUCAUUCACAAACGUAAAAAGGCUCUGGAUGGUGGCGAGAAUGUAGCUCUUGAGGGUAAGCGUUAUGUGGAUUUCCUGGAUAUUCUACUGACAGCCCGAGAUGAGGAAGGCGUAGGACUAUCUAGCCUCGAGGUCAGAAAUGAGGUCGACACUUUUUUAUUUGAAGGUCAUGAUACGACGGCGUCGGCGAUCUCAUGGAUUCUGUACUCGCUGGCGGAGCAUCCGGAGUACCAGAGGAAGUGUCAACAGGAAGUUGAUCAAGUGCUGCAAGGAAGAGACUCCGACUUUGUAGAAUGGUCCGACAUGCCAAAGUUUGAAUUCCUGACUCAAUGCAUCAAAGAGGGGAUGCGGCUCCAUGCCCCUGUUCCUAUAGUGAACAGGGAAGUCAAGGAGGACUUCGAGAUUGGUGGUCGGAAUAUUCCAGCAGGAUCAAUUGUGCAGCUCAAUAUCUGGGCUCUCCACCACAAAGAGAGCGUCUGGGGCCCUGACCACAUGGAGUUUAAGCCAGAGCGAUUCUCUCCGGAAAAUGUGGACAAAAUGUCUCCCUUCCAAUUUGUGCCUUUCUCAGCAGGCCCAAGGAAUUGCAUUGGCCAGCAUUUUGCAAUGAAUGAAGAAAAGUCUGUUCUUGCGAAAUUGCUACGAAAUUUCACAUUCCGCCUAGACACAAGCCACGAAGUGAAAAAGAAUCCGUCUGCGGUUAUGCGGACAGUUGAUGGCAUGUUCAUGUACGUUGAGGAACGGAAUGCGUGAACAGGGAAAUAUGAUGACUCAAUAAAGAAAUUGAUGGUUAAGCGGGAAUGUAUAAAAGUCGAAUUGGCUUUCAUUGGAGGUUGCUGAUCUUCGAAAAUAAAAUCGCUUUUUUAAAUA